GCUUUCCUGCACACACACAGAGAUAGCUCUGAUUGCUGCGAAGGGAGAAGACGAGUGCGGUCACCUUUAGCUAGCAUUUAGAAUAGGCUAAUAAUAACCCUGUUCCUUUUUUAUCGUUUUAGUCAUGUAAGGGACUUUGUAAUGUCAGCAGAACAGGAGAAAGACACCCUCUCUCUUAAAAGGAACAGAGGUGGAGACGGGGGGCUUGAUGGGUUAGGAGGGCCGGGUGUGCUACUGGCAAGCCCCGAUAAGAAAAAGCGCAAGUCAAACACUCAGCCGACUCCAUUUGCUCCUCUCUCGGAGUACGCUCCGCCGCCAAAUCCAAGUGGGGACCACCUGGUGGCGGCCAAUCCCUUUGAUGACAGCUACAAUGUCCCGUCGUUCAAGCCUGUGCCCUCUGGGAACCCGUACUACGGGCACUCGCACUACCCUGGUUUCAGCGGCUAUGGCCCUCAGAGGAUGUCUCCGCACGGGCCUGCCAGGAUGCCCUCUCCAUACGGGGGGCCUUAUCAGACGCGAAACCAGCUCCAUCCUUUUCCCCAGAACCAAAUGGGCAUGGGGUUCAGCCGGCCCCCUGGUUUCAACUACGGUCACCCUGAAAAUCCUGCCUACGGGAAUCAGCCGGUGUUCAACAACAGCAGCAUGCCUUUCUCACCCAAUCAGCCUUUUAGACCCGGGCCGGGAGAUGGCUUCAAUCAGAUGCCGCCGCACGGCAUGAGCCAAAGCACAAACCCCGACCUGGGCUCGGGUUUUGGACCGGAGGGCAAUGCCGCUGCCAAUGCGCCACCGCGGCCCUGUGUGGACGCUGCUCCUGGGUUCAUGCAGCAACAGAACAACCUCAGCCAGCCCAGUGCCACCGCGUCCAAGCAGAGCGUAAAUGAAGCUUCAAGUAAAAGCACACCCCUGAGUGCGUCCCCCCAGAAACAAAGCCAGGGGACGGAGGAGACCGCGUGUCAGGACGGGGCCUUGGACCCAAAGCUAAAGAGCAGAAGCACCCCUAUCAGUCAAGAAGGCAGUCAGUCUAACGCUCUGGAUAAGCUCAAUGGCAUUAUUCACGCUGGCGAGGACUCCUUAAAGAACUCUCCACAGCCCUGCAUCUCCAUGGAGCUGCCUUCCCUCGAGGCCAGGAGGAGGCGCCGGAGGAGUAGCAGCAGCGGAGGAGGUGCUGGCAGCAAUAAGGGCGCGGCGCACCCAAACCGGCCAAGCCACUCCUCCACAGAGCCCGUGUACCCGUGUGGGAUAUGUCUGAAUGAAGUGAAUGAUGACCAGGAGGCCAUCUUGUGCGAGGCCUCUUGCCAGAAAUGGUUCCACCGAAUUUGCACCGGAAUGACAGAGACGGCCUACAACCUCUUGACGGCGGAGGCGUCGGCAGUGUGGGGCUGCGACACCUGCAUGGAGGAGAAAGGUGCUCAGCUCACCAGAACCAGGGAACUGGCGGUACAGCCUGCGCUUGUGAUAGGGUCCGGUCUCCUGGGAUGGUGAUGAAGCAAGAGUGCAUCACAAGGUAGCAUUAAAAAAAUUUUUUUGACUUUACUUCCUGUGAAAUAUAUGCACUACUAAAGGAAAGCUUAGCACUUAUAGUUGACAUUUAAAAUGGUUUGACAUGGGGAAAUUAUGUUCAGGCUGUUUGUAAAAGUUGCAAACAAUGUCAAAGGGUGAAUGUAGAUGGUAAAUCUGCUUAAAUAUAAAUUGCAAUCAUAUACCCCUCUACUAUUUGCCCCAACAAAAUGAAUUAAAAUUUAAUUACAGUUUAAUUCAAACUUAUUGCAAACCUUAUUAAGAUGAAUUGAUAAUCAAUUAUGUUUUAGCUUAUUGAAUUGACAAGUUCUCUGUUAGGAUCUGGCUGAACUGGCUGUGUAAUCUGACAAGAUCGUGUUGACUUUAGAGAUUUGCUUCCGUUUUAGACUAUAAAAACAAUUCAGAAAUAAGACCAUCUUUUUACAACACUGCCAUAUUUAUAGUCAAUGGAGGGGAGAAACUGGCCUUUGUGUAUUUAUAUAAGUGUUUAAAUAUGAUAAUUACUGUUAAUUUAUUAGAUUCCAUUUGUUGUGUAGCUAUCUGCUGUGUUGAGAAUGAUCCUUGAUUUAAUAUAUUCCCCAUAUUUCCUGUAAUUUUUUUAUUAUUAUUGAAACUGUUUUAAUUGUGCUUGACAAAAAGCAAUACACAAGUGGUGACUAUCCUGUUAGAUAUGUAUUGUUGAAAUGAACAUUGCCAAUAAGUGUGGUUAAAGUAUGGACCUGCUUUUCCAUGUUAUUUCUCCAAAAUCUUGUGUUUAUUUUUGCUACUUUUAUGUACAUUUUUACACUCUAGAUGACUGUUGACACCAGAUGCCUUAAUUGUGCUUGAUAGUUCUGUAUAACUGUAACAUGUAGCUCUUUAAGUAUAAGGUAUGAAGAGGCCAAAUACUCAUUCUACACUACAUAAAUUAAUUUGUGCUGCCCGCUGCAAUGCUGUGGAACGACUGGUACAAUGUGUUGCUUAAAUGUUUCAAGUGAAAUAUUUACUGUGAUGUGAAAAUAAUUUCAUUACAGAUAUUGAAUGUACCUUUCAUAUUUACAGGAAUUUAAAAGUUAAUUUUUUCCGUUCUACACAAAGUGAUGCAAUUUCGAAUUUAGCUUACAGACUUUGUUUUCUUACUGACCACAAAGGUACAGACAAUACUUAAUUUGUAACAAAGGAGGCCUGGGUUCUGAGAUUUUGUGUAAAUAUUGCCAAUUGAUCAUGGUUGUGAAGACCAAGGUUAAUACUUCUGCUCAUAUAUUCUUGCCACUAGCAUUGUUAAAGAGUAGGCCUCUACGUUAUAUUAUGGCAUCAAAUUAUGUGUUUACGCGCAAACACACACACACCCAGAAUGCGACAUAGAUUUGUGGCUCUGAUUGCCAUGUCUCUAGUUGCUUGAUCCUGCCAAGACCUGUUACAAAUUAAGUAGUGCAGAAACGCAUCAAGACUGUUUCGAUUAAAUGUGUACUUCAAGCGUAAAGUUGUGAAAACUUUGCUCUAUACUGAAUAAAGUAUUGUGUUAAAUAAAAACUUUAAAUAUUUA